UACUUUUUCGUUUAUAUAUAUAUAUAUAUAAUUUUACGUUAUUUUAUCCGUUUUUCUUUGCCCGAAGGACUCUUUUUUUUUAUUUUUUUCCUUGAAAUAAGUUUUAAUUUUUAUAUAUUAAUAUAUAUUGCAAAUUUCAUUAUGAUAAUGAUUAAAUUACCGCGAUAUAUAAAAUAUCGAUAAUAUUUCGGUUUUUUUAUCAUUCAUUAAUUUUCGUUUUUUUUUUUUUAAGAAAAAGUUCUUAUGCUAUACAAAGGAUCGCAUUUAU